AUGGCCUUGCACAUUUUCGCUAAAUGCCGAACAUUUCCUAAAUGGGCGGAAAUUCUGCUUCUUGAACAGCGAUUUACGCACAAUGUGGGCCGAAGAGAACUGGGAAAGGCACUUGGCAAGUCCAUACAACAAAUGAAUGCCUUACAACUUCCUUUGGACAAUGAAGAAAGCAUGGAACAAGGCACUUUGAUACCCCGUAUCGAUUUGUGUCACAUUGGUGCUGCUUCAUUGCUUGGUCGCCGUCAUGUGAAUGAGGAUCGUCUUCUCGCGUGUCGGUUAUCAUCCCAAAACCUACUUCUCGGUAUGUUUGAUGGUCAUGGAGGCUCGGCAGCCGCGGACUUUGCCCGUGCCUUGUUCCCCGAAUGCAUUCGUUCCUGUUUAUCCGCACUACGGAACUCGUCGCGUCAGGCUCUUCGUGAUCUUCCUCCCAAAUCUUUUGAGCGUGUGUUGGAAUACGCGUUUCUACAGGUGAACAAUCUGAUGAGCCGGCACUUCUUUUAUUACGCCUCCGUAGCUCGCGAACGCAUGUGGUCCGGGACAACAGCCACCGUGGUCCUGCUGUUACAUAGUCAACAGUUGAUUGUUGGUCACGUCGGCGAUAGUCGUGCCCUGAUCUUUCAGCGCGGUCGCGUUCAACCGCUUACGGUCAGCCACGAACCAUCCAGUGUAGUUCCGUUGACCGACAUCCUGAAGGAGGAUGAUGGGACCGGAGUCACUGAACCCGAACGCAUUAUGGCCAGCGGCGGAAUGGUGAUUCCUAAUAGUCUGGGGGUACCCGUAGUGAACGGACGUCUGGGGAUGACUCGUAGUUUAGGUGAUGCGGAACUGAAGGCAUAUGGAGUCAGUGCUCGGCCACAUCUGACCAGUCUCAAGGUAAGUCUGUAG